UUUAAUGAUUUAUGAACUUAUUUUAGUUCCAAAAUUAUUUAUUAACUGGGGAAUUUUUAUUACUUAGGUUGGAUAAUUACAUGUUAUUAUGUGAAUUCCUAACGUCCCAUUUUGUAUCACCGAUGUCUGAAUAUGAAUGAAGCCACGUAUAGAUUCGGCCAACCUCUUAUAUUAACCACCAUACUGUCGUCUACAACUUCAGCCGCGACGAGAAAAUCAAUCCAUUAAUGGCAGGUCAAUCAAGAAAGUGGAUGAUCCUAGUCGCCACCAUAUGGAUUCAGACAUUUACAGGAACAAAUUUCGACUUCUCAGCCUACUCGUCGGAGCUGAAGGCGGUUCUAGGGGUGUCACAGGUACAGCUGAACUAUUUGGCCACCGCCUCCGACCUUGGGAAGAUGUUUGGGUGGUCGUCGGGGCUGGCGUUGAUGUACCUGCCGCUGUGGGCGGUGAUGUUUACGGCGGCACUCAUGGGGUUCAUUGGCUAUGGAGUCCAGUGGCUUAUCAUGCAGAAAGUCAUUGCCUUGCCAUAUUUUGUGGUAUUUUUACUUUGUUUUUUGGCUGGUUGCAGCAUCUGCUGGUUCAAUACAGUUUGUUUUAUUCUCUGCAUAAAGAAUUUCUCAAGUAAUCAACCACUUGCUCUUUCUCUCACAGUCAGUUUCAAUGGCUUGAGCACUGCCUUUUACAACCUUGCUGAAAAAUCACUUAACCCUUCAUCAACCACAUUGUAUCUUCUUCUCAACGCUUUCAUUCCGCUCUUGACAUCUGUAGCAGCCCUUUUCCCUAUCCUUUUGCAACCCCCAGUGGAUGUUCUUUCGUCUGAUGCUGUUAAACGCGAUCAAUUUAUAUUCAUCGCUUUAAAUUUGUGGGCUGUUGUGACGGGAUUCUACCUUCUCUUCCUCCAUUCUUUAAAUGCAGCAACAGCUCGUUUCCUCUUUGCCGGUGCCAUUUUUCUACUUGUUUUCCCUUUUGGUAUCCCCGGUGUUAUCUAUGCUCGAGAUUGGUUCCAUCGCACAAUUUACUCGAGCUUCCAACUUCCAAGCUCGGGUUUUAUCCUUGUUGAUGCCGAUGAUCUUGAAUUUCAUGAAGAGCUCCUGAGUCAAGAGAAUAAUGUAGACGAUAGUACAGUUCAUAUAGUAUCUAGACAAAACACGGGAACUAGUGAAGGGUGUUCCUGUGAGACUGUAAUGAAGAAGGAUUGUCUGACGGUGCUCGGGGAAGAUCAUAAGGCCCCAAUCCUCCUUCGUAGGGUUGAUUUUUGGCUAUACUAUCUUGCUUAUCUUUGUGGAGGCACAAUUGGGCUAGUGUACAGUAAUAAUCUUGGGCAGAUAGCCCAAUCACUUGGAUAUUAUUCAAUGACUUCAAGGCUCAUUACAACGUAUUCUUCGUUCUCUUUCUUCGCGCGCUUGCUUUCAGCUGCACCAGACCUCAUUCGAACGAAGCUAUACUUUGCGCGGACCGGAUGGCUAGCCAUAGCCCUUCUGCCAAUGCCAAUGGCCUAUUUCUUGCUUGCCGUGAAUAGUGGGGAGGCUGCAGUUCAUGUUGGCACCGCCCUAGUAGGACUAGCCAUGGGAUUUAUAUUUGCUGCUGCGGUUUCAGUAACAUCUGAGCUUUUCGGCCCCAAUAGUGUGGGUGUCAACCACAACAUUCUCAUCACAAAUAUCCCCAUCGGAUCACUUGUCUACGGUGUUCUAUCUGCUGUUGUUUACGAUUCCCAUGCCGAGUUUGGUUUAGGCCUAAUGGGUGAUUCAAUGGUGUGUAUGGGAAGAAAAUGCUAUGGCUUGACUUUUGUAUUCUGGGGAUGCAUUUCUAUCCUGGGAUUAGCCUCAAGUUUGCUACUAUUCUUAAGAACCAGGCCUGCUUAUGACAGGUUUGAACAAAAGAAAAGAUCAACAAUAUUGUACUAAUGAUAAUAUCUUAAAUGUGAUCACAAAAUGAUUGAAAUUCUUCCCUAAUGAAAAUACUAGGUAUUUUUAUGGUUUUCCGACAAAUAUUUUCCUUCUAGUAGUAUUAAUUUUUGUUGGAACAGCGAUUCUGAGGAAAAUUGCUGGUAGAUCAAGAAUUCAAAUAAAUUAAGUCUUGUUCUUAAUCAAUUUGGAGUCGAUUACAUGAAUCCUUAGCAACUACAUUUAGUUGUGCAUUAGUUUUUAUUAUUAUUAACACUUUCUUCACCUCGAACGGUGUAAGUAGAGUUAUCAAUGGAUUGAAUUUUGAUUCAAAUCUGACUAAAUUAAUAAGAAAUGGAUUUAGAGUCUCAAUCCGAUAAUAUGAUCAAGAUUUGAAUUUGAUAAUCCGUUAACUAAAUGGAUCAAAUAUGGAUAUUGGUUAAUCUGACUCGAUAACAACUCAAUCCGAUUUGUUAUAAGUAGUUGAGGCAGUUAAAUACUUUUGUGGCUCGUUAUUUUCCACUAAAAUAAAUAAAUGAGAAAAUAAAAAAAUUUAGAAUAAAAAGUCAUCAAAACUCAAAACAUAAAUAAUAAUAAUAAUAAUAAGAAGAAGAAGAAGAAGAAGAAGAAGAAGAAGAAGAAGAAGAAAGUCAAUCCAUGUGUACACAAUGUUCUAAAAAACAUAAUGAGGACGAGGCGUAAAUGUUUCAUGCUAGGCAAGUCUAAAUGAAGCAUAGGCUUCAAAAACCAUGAAAAUGUAUUUUCUUAUUUUAAUAUUAUUUUAAAAUUUUAAUCAAUCUAAAAAUUAUUUAAUAAUACAUACAAAACAUUAUAGUACCAAAUGCAAUUUUAAGAGCUUGUCAAAAUAAAUAUAUUCGAUAAAAAAUAUAUAGUAUAAAAGUGCUAAUUGAAUAGUUUGGAGAGUUUUAAAUUUUUACUAAGUAGAGUCUUAAAUUUUUAUUAAGUAGUAAAAAGUAGGAAAAACGAUUAAUUUAAUAAAUUAUAAAUAACUACUUAUAUAAUUGCAAAAUACACGACAGUCAAAUUAAAUGCAUAAUAUACUAUAGCAAAAUCAAAGGUACAAUGUACUACAAUCAAACCAAAUGAAUUCUCAUCCAAUAUCGAAAGUUUAUAACAAAAUGUUUGGAGAUGUCAUCUA